AUGUCAAAGUCUGAGGGCCCGGGCAUCCCUAAUUUUGUGCUCCCAGGGUUGUUACAAUUAGGUCUCUUGCAUGGCACCCCAAUAUCAAAGAUAUUGUUUGGAGCGGAGGAAGGCCCCAGGGAGGGCAUAGAGGAAGGCCCCAGGGAGCAUUUGGAGGAAUUCGGGGAGCACUCAGAUGAGUUGGACCUCCCUGGGGAUGGCAAAUUGUCUGAUAAGCCAGUUGACUCACUUGAAAUUGCUGAUAAAAUACCAUAUAUAGUGGGUAAUAUGGGUAAAUCUGAAGAGAAAGUAUUUCAAGAUGGUGGUGAAAUAAUAUUUGAUGAUGGGACAUACCUGAGGAUGGUUCUUGGGCACUGGAUUUCUGCUGGGGAGUUGGCGCAAUUUGUGGCACCAGAUCCAUGUAUACUGUGUCUGAACCCUUUAUUACCCUACACCACACUUUCAUCACAUCCCCAACCAAAAAAUUACUCAAAAAUGUCUUUUUCCACCCAAGAAAAGAUCUACAAAGCCAACAAGCACAUCAGGAAGGCUGUUAUGUACUGGCCCCUGGUUCUUGUCCAAUACAGGGACCAGUAUGUGGAGAUGCUGAGGAAGGAAGUAGUGGUGGUUACAAGUGGUUCUAUCUCAUUCUUUUACCAACCUGCCCAUUGCAACAGCAGCAGCACGGUCUGA